CGCGAGGGGUCCGAGGGGGUGAAAAACCAGCUGCAGUGAAUAGACGUGGGCUACGUGAGAUGCGCAGUUGUGGCUUUGGCACUAUGCGAGCGUAUUCUUGACUUUCAAGGGGGGAAAAUACGUAAAAAAUCGCGAUUAAGGGACUGUUUUGGGAAGUUGGGCUUGCCCGUUGGGCACUCGCGGCCCAAGAUUCCACAGAGAUGUCGAUUAGGACACUAGCACAGCGUAUUGUCCAAAAUGGUAAAAUUAUUCUUCGAUCGCUUCGUAAUAACGAGCACUAUUCAUCCUAUACAAGAGGUCAACUCGACAAGAUACACGUUGUGCAAGUAGGAAAAUCCCUGGGCCCGCUGCCUCAGGGUGGCAGCAGCGCAGUUGCAGCGUCGAGCACAAAUCUUGGGUACCUUGGAGCUCAGGCACGCCGGCUGUUUGUUGACAAUAUCCUCAAGAGAGUCACCAACAGUCUUGCAGCGGACUUGAGGAGACGAGCAGCUCGCAGGCUACUUUAUGGAGAUUCAGCACCGUUUUUCGCACUUGUCGGGGUGUCACUGGCCUCUGGCACCGGUAUUUUGACUAAGGAGGAUGAACUCGAGGGGGUUUGCUGGGAAAUCAGGGAGGCAGUGUCAAAGCUGCAGUGGACAAAGCCGCAUAACGACCGAAACUACGAAUCGACCUCAACCACCGAGGACUCCCCGAGCCUGAAGAACUUCGUGAUCGGUCCCCCGAUCGCCAAAGGCUGUUCAGCCGUGGUCUACGCCGCAAAAUUCAAAGAGCCCACCCCAGACUGCUCCCCCGACCCCAUAAUCGACAGAACCAGCACCGACCCCACCCCCUUCCCCUACGCCCUGAAGAUGAUGUUCAACUACGACGCAGAGUCCAACGCCCUGACGAUCCUCCGAGCGAUGUACCGAGAGACAGUGCCUGCCAGGAGGUACCACGCCCACGACGAAGUUGCUAUUUGGGAGCAGAGAAUGGCUGAGAACAAGAGGACACUGCCAGCUCAUCCGAACAUCGUCGCCAUGUACUACGUCUUCGCCGAUCGAGUGCCCCUGCUGCCAGGCUCCAGCAGGAUGUACCCUGACGCCCUUCCAGCCCGCCUGAACCCCGAGGGCUCCGGCAGAAACAUGAGCCUGUUCCUGUUAAUGAAACGUUACGACGUGACGUUGAAGCAAUACCUGAAGAGCAAGAAGGAACGAGAGGGGAUUAACAUCAGGGAAUCGAUUCUCCUACUGGCGCAACUUCUCGAGGGAGUUGCCCACAUGAACGCCCAUGGGAUAGCCCACAGGGACCUGAAGACAGACAACAUACUGCUGGACACCUCCGAAGAAGCCAAUUGUCCGUCCCUCGUUGUCACUGACUUCGGCUGCUGUCUCGCUGACAAACACCACGGAUUGUACCUCCCCUACAGCUCGCACGAUGUCGACAGGGGUGGAAACUCUGCUCUGAUGGCACCUGAGGUCAUCACUGCUGAGCCUGGACCAUUCACCAGCAUCAACUACACCAAGGCUGAUCUCUGGACUGUGGGGACCAUUGCCUAUGAAUUGUUCGGGGGGAGGAAUCCCUUCUAUGGGGGACAGGGGGAGAAGCCUAUGCUCAAUAAUUUUCAUUAUGGGGAUGAACAGCUGCCCGAGAUGGGGGGAGACGUGCCCAGUGUCGUUCGGGAGCUGGUUAAGGGCAUGCUGAGCAGAAGUGUUCAUAAGCGCCUCAGCGUCGAAAUGGCAGCAACCAUUAUGCAAUUGUACUUGUGGGCCCCUAGCUCAUGGCUUCGCAGGUACAGUAAAUCGCCAUCGAGCAGUGAGAUAAUUCAAUGGUUGCUCUGCCUAACAACCAAAGUUCUCUGCGAAGGUCGUGACAUAAACCUCCCCUCACCAGCAGAAUCCCCCACGAGCGAAAUAAAAAAGCCGAAUUUGCGGAAUUACCAGAGAACGCUGUCCACUCGUUCCUGCGGAAGACGUACGAUGCCGGAGUAUCAGCUCAUCGCCAGCUUCCUCACCAGAGUGAGUCUUCUGAACGUUCGUGAUGGCUUCAGGUGGAUCCACAAAAAUGCGUCACACGCGGUUGUAUAGGAAGUGUAGACUCAGUCAAAAAGAUAAUUUAGUAAAUUUAUAGUCAGUGAUGGGAGAAUUUUCUGAACGUGAUGCGAUGAAGAAAUCAUUUGAGACUUAAUUAUGAGAAGGAAGAAUCAAAAAAUUCGGGGCAUCAUUGCCAUGAAAUUCUUUAUUGAACUUUUAUGAGACCUUUGGGAAUCGUACCUAUUGCUGAAGAAAUUAUUUCCAGUUAUAUUUUUGAUACUCUUAGGAACACAAAAAAAUCCUCAAUGUAUCCCACAUCAAAGCUGGUAAAACCAAAUGAUAGAGGACUUGAGGGAAGAACAUUGAAUGGAUACUGAUUUUUUUGUGUUCCAAAGAUACUUACAGGAGAAUUUUAUUAAAUUUACUUACUAAUAAUCAACGUCUCUUCUUCAUUCUACAUUUAUCAAAGAAUCAAUUACCGAUUAUUAUUUUAGUUUUUAUCGUUUGCAGUAUUGGUUCAAUCGAGAGAGAUUAGUUGUAAAAAAAGAUUGAUGUUUGGUGCACAUAACACUCGUGCACAUUUCAUUCUGCAUGCUUUCGCUAAAGAAAGGAUUGUUCUGGAGUCAAUACAUGAAGUCUAGUGUAUGUAAAUAAUGUUAAAGUUGAGGAUAUCGUAUAUUAAAUUUAUUUAAAAAAUCCAAA